CCCUUCUGUUAAGUCAAGAAAUUGACGAGCCAAAUGUCACUCCUCAUCCUUCCGAUGUAAAUCCACUCUCUCCGACACCCUCGAAGUCGGUAAUCGGUCUCAGUUAUGGCGAUGGAAAACGAUCGACGCACAGCAGGAGUGGAGGAAGACGAGAGCGACGAAGCCCUAGAAUUCCUUCUAGAAGCUUCUAAAACCCCCGGGGGACGCGCCCACCUCGCCUCCACCGGAGCCCUCGCCGCGGCGCUCCGCCGCGUUUCCUCCGACACCUCGUCCGCCCUCCUCCCCUCCCUCCGCCUCGUCAGGAACCUGUGCGCCGGGGAUGCCGUCCACCAGGACGCCUUCGUCGAACUCGGCGGUCCCGAUCGAAUCGCCUCCGUCCUGUUGAGCACGCCGCCGGCGUCGCCGGACGUCGCCCGUGUCGCGCUGCAGGCGAUUGGGAACCUCGCCUGUGGUGGAGAGGCACAACGGUCCGCCGUGUGGGCCCGCUUCUUCCCUUCCUUGUUCCUCGCAGCGGCUCGGUACCGGGACCCGGCGGUUUGCGAUCCCCUUUGCAUGGUUUUGGAUACGUGCUGUUCAUCCGAGGGGGGGCAUCGGAGGUUGGCGGAGCUUUGCGAGACCAAGACCGGACUGCCAAUUAUUCUGGAGAUCGUCACCACAGCUUGCCGAGCUGGUCAUCAAGAGGAGUGGUUGGAUUGGCUCCUUUGCAAAGUUUGCAUCGAAGAGGCAUACCUUUCACGUCUUUUUCAAGGAUUAGCCUCACCAAGUACAGAUAACUCCAUUGAUGCUCAGUGCAGAUAUUCCUUCUUCACUAGAGAGCAGGCAUUCCUUCUUGGAAUGCUAUCAGAAUACUUGAGUAACCGACCUAAAGAUGUUUCCAUGAUUUCCAGUCCUUUUGCACUUGAAGUUCUGAAAGUUCUAGAUAUAGCUUCUGCAAUUGUUGAUUUUUCAUCUCGAGGAAGUUCUGAUGUACCCACUGGCUUCCCUGCAAUUGAUGUUCUAGGCUAUUCUCUUACAAUUUUGAGGCAUAUUUGUGCUUGGGAAAAUGAUAUUGCUCAUGCUACAGAAGCCCCUGUCGACUUGUUGCUAUCUGCAGGCCUUCUACAACUUCUUUUACAUUUACUCGGUGAACUUGAGCCACCAGCAAUUAUAAGAAAAUCCAUGACAAACGCGGAUCACUUUAUACAGUCAUCAACGGCUUUAAAGGUCUGCCCUUAUAAGGGGUUCCGGAGAGAUUUAGUAUCCAUUAUUGGAAAUUGUCUACACGGAAGGAAGCAAGUUCAGGUGGAGAUCAGACAGCAAAAUGCAAUUCCUUUGCUUUUGCAACAGUGUGUUGUUGAUGAAGACAACCCCUUUCUAAGAGAAUGGGGACUAUGGUCAAUGAGGAACUUGCUAGAGGGAAAUCCAGAAAACCAGCAUGAAGUAGCUCAACUGCAGCUGCAAGAGCCUGUCAAUACACCUGAAAUUGCUGGAAUAGGCCUAAGAGUCGAAAUAGAUGAGAAAACUGGACACCCGAAGCUGGUAAAUAUUGUAUGAGGUACGCUUAUUUGGCAAUUGUGCCCACAAUGGGCAAUAGCCUGGUUAAGCUUGGAAUUAGUGGAUCAAUUCAGUCUGCAGUAUUGUUUUUUUGGGUGGUCUAGCAACUGCAGAACUCCUAAUAUUUUAUUUGCCCUCUCUAACAACAGAUGUACUUUGAAUUUAGUUUCCAUAAUUCUUGUUAUGCAACAGUAUUUCAUGGAAAAUACAUGGUUUUAUAUGCACACAA